UUUGGCACUGCUUAGCAGUCCAGAGGACAUGAUGGACACAGCAAUGUAUUAUGAAGAGAAAGGAACUCAUGUGGGCCGAGCUGUUAUGCUUUAUCAUGAGGCAGCUCAUGAGUCUAAGGCUUUGAAGCUAACUUUUGCCAGCUUGGAGCUCUGCAGCUGACCUGAAUGAAAACAGUGACCCUGCCCUACUAGCACAGAAAGCUGUGAAAUUGUUGGUGGCUGCCAAAAAGUUUGCUGUUUUUCAAGGUGAGGAUCAUUAUGAACGCCCAUGGAGACUCGUGUUUAUAGAAACCAGACAUAACACACCUCUGACAGCUGCAGAACAUGGACUCGACCAAUAAACAGAGCUCAACUAACCAACUUCAGGAGCAAAUUCACUCUCUGACAGAAGAAAAUGUACAGAUGUGGGAACGAAAUGAAGCGCUGUUUAGUAAGCUUGACUCGGUCCAGAACAAACUGGGCCAGCAGGCUGCGUCAAAAAGCGAGCUGUCAGUCAAACUGGUCCAGUGUGAGGAAGACAAACUGAAGAUAUCAAAAGACCUUGUUGAUGUGCAGAUUGACGCUAAUAAAAUGAGAGAGCGGUAUGAAGCGGAGAUCUUUGAACUGAAAAACAUUGUUCUGUCUCAGGAGGGCACCGCCUCGUCUCUUCAGACAGAGUGUGACCGGCUCAGACAGGAAGUGUCAGCAGCAUCGGCACACUUAGAAGUCAUCGAGCGAAGUGAGCGUGACCUGGCCGAAGAGUACGCCGUGCUAAAGAGCAACUUCCUGUCGCUGAGCAGCGCUUAUGAAAGAGAACACACACACUCAGAGGAGCUCAGCGCCGAGCUGCUCGCCCUCGCGCACACACACGACACGCUCCUGCAAGAGAGAGAGCGCACACACAGACACACGCUGGAGGUGGAGAGGGUUCGAGCGCUGCUCAGCAGGACGUCCCAGAACAGAGUCAGGCCAGAUGAGUUUGAACAGAGCAAAAGCCAACUGGAAAAAAACGGAGUGCAGAGUAACUUGAGAGAUGAGUUCGAGAAACUGAGGAAAAGCUACGAGGUGCACCAACGACGGCUAGAGGAGAAAGUUGUGGCCAUGGGGAGGAAACAGCAGGAGAAUAAGAGAGCCAUUCAAAGCACCCAACAUGAGCUGUCCCAGCAGUCUGCAACGCUGAUUAUUUCUCAACAUCAGCUGAAAGAGGCUGAGGCUGAGGUCUCUAAACUACAAAAUCAUCUGAAGGAGCUCAACAGAGAGUACAGGGCACGACUCACACGCUACAUUCAGGACGUUACAGAGUGUCUAACCGCAGCUGGGGAGGGGGAUUUGGGACAGAAGUUGAAGGGGUUUGUUGAGUCCAUGCUGGAGGAGGUGAAAACAUCCUAUCGCUCCAGAGAGGAACAGCUCACCAAAGCCGUCAGAAUGUACCGCAAACGCAUGCAGGGUCUGAGCAACACGUAUCAACAACUACUCAUUGCUUACAGACUGCAACGUGAGCAGAUCCUGGCACUCCCUGAACACACUUUAGAGGCCGGACCCCCUGAGGCCCACUUCAGUCCCGCGGGGGCCGAACUGAGAGGAGAGACCGAGAGAGAACUACACAGACUGAGAGAGGACAAAGCCCGCCUGGAGAGCCAACUGAAACUGGCUCGAGAACAGGUGUGUGUGUGUGUGUGUGCCAGGGUUGGACUAACUCAAGACGCCUGGAAUGAUGUUCAGAAGCAGAUAAGAGAAAUAACCAGCUCCACACAGGAAGCUCAAGAGAGGGAGCGCGCCCAACUGAUCACAAGGGCGACGGUUGCAGAGGAGCAGGUGUCUGAGCUGAAGGAGUAUGUGGACAAUCACCUGGGCAGGUAUAAACUGGAGAUAAUGCGGCUGCGCAGGCUGCUGGGAUCACAGGAGGGAAGAUCAAAUAGUGCAAGAACCUAUAAGCCCCGCCCACUUCACAAACCACUCAAAAGCAGCAGUUAUGAAAUAUAAUGCAGCAGUGCAUAAGCCCUGCCCACUCCAUAAAUGAAUCAACGUCAGCAGUUUUUAAAUAUAGUGCAGGUCUUCAUAAGCUAUGCUUGCUUCAAAAGUCACUCUAAAAAAGCAGUUAUCAAAUGAUGUGCUGCUAUCUAUAAGCCCCGCCCACUUUACAUGUCACUCACAAACAGCAGUUGUUAAAAUAUAGGACUUAAACCCCGCCCACUUCUGAUGUCACUCAAGAGCAUCAGUUCAGAAAUAUAGUUGGCAGCAGUGCAUAAGCCCCGCCCACUCCACAAAUCAAUCAAAAACAGCAGUUUUUUAAAUACAGUGUAGGACUUAAUAAGCCUUCCUCACCCUGUAAAUCAGUCAGCAACAACAUUUAUGAGAUAUAGUGCAGUACA